AUCACCUCUCUUUGUUGAUGUGUUAGUAGGAUUAAGAAGGACCUCUUCUAGCUGAAAAAAUCUAAGCUUACUUUUUCACGAUCUCUUAGUCCUGCAAAUGCAAUUUUUUAUUUACUCCUCAGCUGAAAAAUUAAAAGCUGACCUGAGUUCGGCCCUUGCCCUCAUCUCUAAAAUUUCAUCUUCAGAUAGAGAGAGAGAAUCAGUGUAGAGCAGCGGUGGCACUAAUAUGUACUAGAUGGACAUGGUACUGUUAUUAUCAUCAUUCUUUGAACUAUGUAUGAUGUCCUCGAUUGACUCUGCCUUCCAACCCCUAUUAACUUUAUCGAUAGAUUCUUCAACUCUUCUCCGGAACUCAUCGUUUUCAUUGUUCUUCUUGUAGUCGUCACAGUUAUCACUUCCUUUGUCUUUGGCCAUUGGUGUUUCUUGGGCGUUUGACACUUUGCUAUCUUCUAACAACAUUUUAUCUAUUCACGAGAAAUAUCUUCUUCUCAACCCUCGCGGCAUAGUUUUAUAAGAGAAUGUGUUUCUUUUCUCUUGUCGUUAACAGAUCUUAAUUAUGGCCGGCAAAGGUGAAUCUGUUAAUAGCAUAGUUUAAUGAGGAUAUUACCAAUAUCAUAUAGGAAAUCACGAAUCAAUGUCCGAAGAUGUAUAUAUGUAAUAUGCAUAUGCAUGUGCCAAAUAGGAGAGCGACUUUCAGUGGCAGAGAAAUGGAGAACAAACAUGGGAUCAAGAAUUUUGGGGGUUCUCUUCCAGUUGAGAAUGUUCAAGCACUUUCUUCAAAGAACUUAAAGGAAGUACCAAUCAGAUACAUCAGGCCUGAGCUCGAAUUCGAUGAGUUCUCAAUGGAUGAAUCCCUCCAAAUUCCAGUCAUCGAUAUGAGCAAGCUCAAGGAAGAUCAAUCAAGCCACAACGAUGAAUUGGCCCAGCUUCAUAUCGCAUGUCGAAACUGGGGCUUCUUUCAGUUAAUCAAUCAUGGGGUGUCAGAAGAAGUGAUGGAGAAUAUGAAGAUGGACAUACAAGAGUUUUUUAAGCUGCCAUUUGAGGAGAAGAUGGCCUUUGCUCAGCUACCAAAUAAUAUUGAAGGAUAUGGCCAAGCGUUUGUCGUUUCUGAUGAACAAAAGCUUGAUUGGGGUGACAUGCUCUUUCUUCUUCCCCUACCUGCCUCCUCCAGAAAGAUGAGAUUUUGGCCUACUAAUCCCACAUCUUUCGGAGAAACUUUUGACAAGUACUCCUCAGAACUGCAAAGGAUCGCAGUAUGCAUAUUGAGGUUGAUGGCCAGGAACUUAGGAAUUGAUCCAGAGGAUGUUGCAACCAUGUUUGAAGAUGGGGUACAAGGGAUAAGAAUGAAUUAUUAUCCACCAUGUAUUCAGGCGAACAAAGUCAUAGGCCUCACAACACAUUCUGAUGCCACUGGACUGACCUUGUUAACUCAAGUAAACGAAGUACAAGGAUUACAAAUCAAGAAGGAUGGUAGAUGGGUACCCAUCACACCCAUUCCAGGUGCAUUCAUAAUUAAUGUUGGCGAUAUCAUUGAGAUAAUGAGCAAUGGGGAAUACAGGAGCAUAGAGCACAGAGCUGUCGUAAACCCAGAGAAAGAGCGCCUUUCAAUUGCUGCAUUUCACAAUCCAGAUAUAAAAACCAUGAUAGGACCUUUGGGAGAUCUUGUCAAGGGAAAGAAACCAAAUUACAAGACAAUAACACAUGAGGAAUUCGUCAAGCUUGUUGUGACCAGCAAACUUGAUGGUAAACUCUUAGUGGGUCAUAUGAAGAUCAAUCAUAGCUCAUCUCUUGCUUAAAGGCUAUCCAGCAAUUAUCAUACAAUAUCAGCCACUGUACCAGAGAAAGUUCCUUGGGAGAUCCAAGUCCAAAUUCUGAGUAUCAAAGAUAAACUACCUUUCUUCGCGUUACGACAUGGGAGAUCCAAGCCCAAAUUCUAAGUAUCCAAGAUAACCAUCUUUAUUUGUGUUCUGGCAAGCAUCUUUUGUUCAAAGUAGCAGGUUAGCUAAGAACGGUUUGAAAAAUUCCUUUCUGUCUCUUGGAUUUCAAAUCCCCGAGCCUCUAGAGGCUCUUAUUUUGUAUAACGCCCAAUCGAGUUAUUUUCAGCAAUGAGAUCUCUAUGUUGCAAUACAAAAAGAUAUACCCGUACAAUAUUA